CAAUGAGCUGCUGGCGUCGACGGUCAGGGGGUGGGAGAAGCCGGGGCGAGCCGGGAAGAAGACGGAAGAAGCUCUUUUUUGGCAGGUCUUCCUUGUGGCCCUUGACUCCAUCCUCUCUUCUCGGCGUCUUUUUCUGUUUAUUCCUCACAUGGAAUCUGUUGUAGGAGUCGCCGCUGUUGCUCCCACGGCUGAGGCCAGCCAGGGCCCCGCUUGGCCGCAGAGCAAGUGCCCAUGGGGAGCUACUAAAAAUACCACAAUAUCAUGUUCCUUUGCUGAUGUCAUGAGUGAACAGCUAGCUAAAGAGCUGCAGUUGGAAGAAGAAAACACUGCUUUUCCAGAAGUAGUAUCGGUUGUUGAAGGACCAUUUAUCACUGGGGAUAAUACUGACACUUCUAGUGACUUGAUGCUGGCACAGAUGCUUCAAAUGGAAUUUGACAGAGAGUACGAUGCACAACUUCGUCGUGAAGAGAAAAAGUUCAAUGGCGACAGCAAAGUGUCCAUAUCUUUCGAGAACUAUCGAAAGGUGCAUCCCUUUGAAGACAGUGACAGCUCUGAAGAUGAAGUCGACUGGCAGGAUACUCGGCAUGAUCCAUACAGAGCAGAUAAACCCACUACUACUCCAAAAAAGGGCUUUACGGGAAAAGGAAAGGAUAUUACUACCAAGCAUGAUGAAGUUGUAUGUGGAAGAAAGAAUACCGCUCGGAUGGAAAAUUUUGCUCCUGAGUUUCAAGUUGGUGAUGGAAUUGGUAUGGAUCUAAAACUAUCCAAUCAUGUCUUCAAUGCCUUAAAGCAGCACGCAUAUUCUGAGGAACGUCGUAGUGCCAGGCUUCAUGAAAAGAAGGAGCAUUCUACUGCUGAGAAAGCAGUAGAUCCUAAAACACGCUUACUUUUAUACAAGAUGGUCAAUUCUGGGAUGCUUGAGACCAUCACUGGCUGUAUAAGCACUGGAAAAGAGUCUGUUGUGUUUCAUGCCAAUGGAGGAAGCUUGGGCAAUGAUGCCAUACCUGUACCUUCAGAAUGUGCCAUAAAAGUGUUUAAGACGACGCUUAAUGAAUUUAAGAAUCGUGAUAAGUACAUCAAAGAUGACUAUAGGUUUAAAGACCGCUUCAGCAAACUGAAUCCACGAAAGAUAAUCCGCAUGUGGGCUGAAAAAGAAAUGCACAACUUAACGAGAAUGCGGAAAGCAGGCAUUCCUUGUCCACAAGUGGUAUCCCUUAAAAAACACAUCUUGGUCAUGUCCUUCAUUGGUCAGGAUCAAGUUCCAGCUCCUAAACUAAAAGAAGUAAAACUCAAUAGUGAAGAUAUGAAAAAGGCCUACUACCAAGUUCUUAAUAUGAUGCAGCAGUUAUAUAAAGAGUGCAGUCUAGUUCAUGCUGACCUGAGCGAGUACAACAUGCUUUGGCAUGGUGGACAGGUGUGGUUAAUCGAUGUGAGUCAGUCUGUGGAACCAACGCAUCCACAUGGGCUUCAGUUCUUGUUCAGAGACUGCAGGAAUGUUUCACAGUUUUUCCAGAAGAAUGGUGUAUCUGAAGCACUCGGUAACCGAGAACUCUUCAGUGCUGUCUCGGGUUUAAAUUUUACAGCUGACAAUGAAGCAGACUUUUUAGCAGAGAUUGAAGCUUUAGAGAAAAUAAAUGAAGAUCAUGUACAGAAUCAUGGGAAGAAAGUAUCUUCAUAUUCAAAUGAUGAGAGUCCAGCAACGUUUUGCAACAAAUAACAUUUUGAAUGAACUCAAAUGUGUGCUGCAUCUAUCAUUUAGUGCAGUGACUAAAUGUCAUUUGCCAAAAGCAACAGAAAUUGUGGUCAACUCAGAAUGCUAUAAAUGAAACUUCAGGGAAUAUGUGUUGGUGUGUCAGUUUGUUUUUAAGAAAAGUUCACUUUAAGCUGCUGGGAUUUACCCAGCUAGCCUUGAAAAGUCAGAAUAGUCAUGUCUUUUCAAUCUGGCAGUUUUUCCAGGUACACUGUAAGCAAACUGAAUGUGUGAAUUUUAAGGAGUUUCCAAAAUGAGGUGACAAUUUCAGAUUAAACUCUGAAGUGUACUACAGUUAGGUGCUAAAUGAUCUUUCCCUCCCUUUGAUUAAGAAGUGGUAUACCAGAUCUUUAAAAUUUGAUUUUCUUCUAAAUUUUUCAGUGUAUUUGCUUAAGGGAAGAUUGAUUUUAUUACACUGACUUGUUUGAUUUAAAAAUAUAGGUUGACUAUUUAAAAAAAAAUGAAAUGAACACUUCUUGGUAUAAAUGACAAUGUAUACUAAUCACUAAAAUGCCUAAAAUAUUUUCCAAAGUUUUAACAAAAUAAGAAUACAUAUAGAAGUAUUUGGUCUAUAUAACUAUUGUCCUAUAAAGCUUCAGACCACAAUAUUUCAGUUUUUUAAAAUAUUGAACUUGAUAAAGAGAAAAUUUAUUUUGAAUUGGCAAGAGCAAAAAUAUUUGUACUGAACAGUAUUUAAAGGGAAGACAGCUUAGACAACAGUAACUUCAAAGGGGAAACUGUCUAAAUUAUGUAAAAAGAAUAGAGACUUUGCAAAAACCUCUUUUACAGCUAAUCCUAAUUGCCUAAAUUUGAGGUGAUGGCAGAUAGUUCCCUUAUCGUAAUAUACAUAAGGAAUGAAAUCAAAAGCAUCCAUUUUAUUUAAGUACAGUGUGCUGCAAUUAAUGACUCACUUAAGGAUCAUAAACAACCCAUGUUGUUGAUACAUACAUGAACAGUUCAGGAGACAUAUAAUGAAUAUGCCUACAAACUGUAUAUGAAAACAUUGAAGAGCUCCCAAGAACAGUGCAUCUCUUCACUUUUUUGAGUGUAUUUGUGUGUAAAUGAAUCCAAUUAAUUCUGAUAGGGCCAGUAUCAGAAAGGGCCAUUCAUUCCCUAAAACAUUUUGAAGAUUUCAGUAGGGUGGUUCCACCACUGUAUUUUCACCGUAACUUUUCAGGUUUCUUUAAGUUUGGCCUUCAUGAUGCUGUAACGAGAUUCUGUUGCUGUGUAAGAGUAGCUUGUGCUUCUUUCAUUUGAAAAUGGGUUGUGAAAUAAACAUGUGACAUCUUA